AUGCUCUCAUUUCUCUUGCUCCUCCUUGUGACUACAACUGCCAGCCAAUUGGUAGCAGUGGGAGAAGGAGGAAAUGAUACAAAUGGUGUUAAUAUGAAAAAGUGUUUGGAUAAGGAGAGAAAUGCUCUCCUUCUUUUCAAAGCUCCCCUUCAACACCCUGAUGAUUGUCUCUCUACAUGGAGAGUUGAUGAACAUGACUGCUGUAAAUGGAGUGGAGUCAUGUGCAGCACCCAAACAGGUCAUGUCACAGAGCUUUAUAUUUCCGGUUGUAGUUUUGUAGGUGAGAUAAGCCAUUCAUUGCUUAACCUAACCUACUUGAAUAUUCUUGAUCUUUCCUACAAUUCUUUUCAUGGAACCAUUCCCACCUUCAUUGGCUCCUUGACCGAGUUAAGUUACCUUGAUCUUUCCUACAAUUCUUUCAAUGGAACCAUUCCCAGGUCCAUUGGUUCCUUGAGAGAAUUAAGGCGUCUUGAUCUUUCCUUUAACUCACUUUAUGGAACAAUUCCUCCAGAGUUUGGAAACCUCACCAACUUGCAAGAGCUUCAUCUUGAUUCUGUUGGAAGGUGUAGAGUUGAAAAGGUAGAGUGGUUGUCUCAUCUCUCUCGUUUGGAGGAUCUGAGAAUGGAUGGGAUUUCCCUAGCCUCAGCAAAUCACUGGGUAGAUGCCAUUCUGAGUCUCCCAAAACUAACACAUUUAUCUUUAGGGGGAUGUGAGCUCUCACAGGUCAUGUAUCCAUAUUCUUCAUUUCUCAACUCUUCUUCUUCUUCUUCAUCUAUUUCUGACCUUUCUCUCCAAAACAACAAUCUCACCUCAUCGAUGUAUCGCUGGUUGCUCCCAUUAACCAGCAAUAGCCUUCAAAUCCUUGAUCUCUCUGGCAACAUGUUAGAUGGAAUACCCAAAUAUCUUGGUAACAUCUGUAGUUUGGUAAGUUUGGACUUCAGUGACAACUCUGCCAUUAUCAAAUUUCCUGAUUUUCUCACCAACUUGUCUGGAUGUACAUCGCUUACAUUAGCAGAUUUGAUUGCUUAUGGAAGCCAAUUUACAGGGUCAUUGUCCAAUGAGAUCCAAAAGUUUUCAUCCCUAGGUUAUUUGGACCUAUCUGAUAAUCACUUAAGUGGAAGUAUAAGUGAGAAACUGUGGGAACUACCAAUGCUUGUUAUUCUUGACCUUUCUUUUAAUAAUCUUAUAGUUCCUUCCACAUAUCACUUGUCAAGCCUUUCUUAUGGAAAGGAUAUUCACCUGAGGUCUUGCAAGAUGCUAGGGCCUCGAUUCCCCAAAUGGAUUCAGACACUCAAAAAUCUUUAUCGUCUUGAUCUUUCCAAUACUGGAAUUUCAGACACAAUUCCUCUGGAGUUUUGGGACAUGUGGCCUUCUCAAUUAAUAUAUUUGAAUCUCUCUUCCAACAACAUUAGUGGGAAACUACCAGAUUUAUUAUCAAAUUUCGCCACAUAUUCAGUGAUAGAUUUGAGUUCCAACAGCUUUAAUGGCCAAAUACCGAAACUCUCUUCCGCUUUGGCAACGUUGGAUCUUUCCAGAAAUAAGUUCUCUGGAGGAAUCUCCUUUAUAUGUCAAAUUGUUGAUGGGUGGUUAGAAUUUAUUGACCUCUCUCAUAACUCAUUCAUCGGACAACUCCCGGACUGUUUGUGGCAUUUCAAAGACCUAAAAGUUCUCAAUCUCGGACACAACAAUCUCUUUGGAAGGCUUCCUCCCUCUAUUGGAUCUUUGAUACAACUCCAGGUGUUGUAUUUAUACAAGAAUAACUUCUCUGGAGAAUUGCCUUUAUCUUUAAAAAAUUGCACGAGUUUAAUCUCGUUGAAUUUGGGAGCCAACAAGUUUUAUGAUAAUGUGCCUGUCUGGAUUGGGGAAAACUUAUCAGGGUUGUAUUUUCUACUACUAAGAUCAAACAAAUUCUUUGGAACCAUCCCUUUACAGUUAUGCCAGUUAUCUAAUCUUCAGAUUUUAGACAUGUCGAUGAACAAUCUCCAUGGAAGCAUCCCCUCAUGUUUGAGUAAUCUUACGAGCAUGGUUCAACAAGGAGGAUUCUCACAAGAUGUACAAUAUUCUACAAAAUAUUUACAGGGUUCAUAUGUUGACAAUGCAAUGAUUGAGUGGCAAGGAGAUGAACGUGAAUUCAGUAGAACUCUGAAAUUGGUGAAGAGCAUUGACCUGUCAAGCAACAAUUUAACAGGACAAAUCCCAUAUCAAAUUACCAAUCUUUUUAACUUGAUUGCCCUGAACCUGUCAAAGAACGAGUUAUCUGGAGAGAUUCCACCGAAAAUUGGUGAGAUGAUAAAUCUUGAGAUUUUAGAUUUAUCCAGAAAUAGUUUUUCAGGCCGGAUACCAUCAAGGAUGUCUCAUAUGAGUUUCCUGAAUUACCUAGACUUGUCAUAUAAUAACUUUUCAGGGAGAAUCCCAACAAGCACUCAACUCCAAUCCUUUCAACCUUCAAGAUACAAUGGAAAUGCACAUUUAUGUGGACCUCCCCUUACAAAAAAAUGUCCAGGAGAUGAAGAAUCAGAAUCACCACCCAUCAUUGGUAAAAGUGAGGGUGAUGGGGAAGACAUAGAUGAUGAACUUGAGAGAUGGUUUUAUAUUGGUGGGGGCAUGGGUUUCGUUACCGGAUUUUGGAUAGCAUGUGGGGUUUUACUUUUCAACCGACGUGGGAGACAUGCAUUUUUUCAAUUUUAUGACAGCUUCAAAGAUUGGGUUUAUGUGAAGGUGGUUGUGUUCAUUGCAAAUUUGCAAUAG